CAGGGAAGAUGACAUCUCGGCUCCUCUGAGCCUGCAGUGCCCAGGGAGCAGCAGAACCAUGGAGCUAGAGUUCGAGCUGCCCAAUGCCACCGCCUUCUGGUUCUCCCCGGCGUCCCCCUUUGACAACUUCUCCCUGGAGGCGCCCACCAACACCUCCCAGAACGCCACGGGCCAGCACUUCGACCUGACCAGCAACGCCAUCCUCACCUUCAUCUACUUCGUGGUGUGCAUCAUCGGCCUGUGCGGCAACACGCUGGUCAUCUACGUCAUCCUCCGCUACGCCAAGAUGAAAACCAUCACCAACAUCUACAUCCUCAACCUGGCCAUCGCAGACGAGCUCUUCAUGCUCGGGCUGCCCUUCCUGGCCAUGCAGGUGGCCCUGGUGCACUGGCCCUUCGGCAAAGCCCUCUGCAGGAUCGUCAUGACGGUGGAUGGCAUCAACCAGUUCACCAGUAUCUUCUGCCUGACGGUUAUGAGCGUUGACCGGUACCUGGCUGUCGUCCAUCCCAUCAAAUCUGCCAAGUGGAGGCGGCCCAGGACAGCCAAAAUGAUCAACGUGGCCGUUUGGGGCGUCUCCCUGCUGGUGAUCAUGCCCAUCAUGAUUUACGCUGGGGUGCAGCACAACCACGGCAGGAGUAGCUGCACCAUCAUCUGGCCGGGAGAGUCGGGCGCCUGGUACACGGGAUUCAUCAUCUACGCCUUCAUCCUGGGCUUCCUGGUGCCUCUCACCAUUAUCUGCCUUUGCUACCUGUUCAUCAUCAUCAAAGUCAAGUCCUCGGGCAUCAGGGUGGGCUCCUCCAAGAGGAAAAAGUCGGAGAAGAAAGUCACCAGGAUGGUGUCCAUCGUGGUCGCCGUCUUCAUCUUCUGCUGGCUCCCCUUCUACAUCUUCAACGUCUCCUCCGUGUCCGUCAUGAUCGUGCCCACGCCCGUCCUCAAGGGCAUGUUCGACUUCGUGGUGGUCCUCAGCUACGCCAACAGCUGUGCCAACCCCAUCCUCUACGCCUUCCUGUCCGACAACUUCAAGAAGAGCUUUCAGAACGUGCUGUGCCUGGUGAAGGUCAGCGGCAUGGACGAGGCCGACCGCAGCGACAGCAAGCAGGACAAAUCCCGGCUCAACGAGACCACGGAGACGCAGAGGACCCUGCUCAACGGUGACCUGCAGACGAGCAUCUGAGGGGCCAGCGGGCUCCGGCCUGCCUGCGCCCCUCCGCUCCCCGCUGGCUCCCGGCUGCAGCACGGGGGUGGCACCGCGGGGUCAGGGCAGGAAUGGCACCCGAGGGGACGGCUGGGAGCACCCGGUGGCCUCGGGGAUCCUCUGCUGGCUCCUGUCUGAGUGCUGGGAAGGAUACGGGUCAGGAGGAGCUGCCUCGCCAGGAAAACAAAGACGACUCAGGGCGGCGCGGCGCAUUUGGACACCGAAGUGCCA